CACUCAUACCCCCCAAAUCUGUGCACUGAGUGCUCUGUGGAUGCGUCCUCUGUGACAAUGAAAAAGAAGCGCAGAGGAAAAAGCAAAAAGGCAGGCUUCGGAAACGUCACCAACUCGGGCCAGCUGGUGCUGCAGUUCGUCUGGGACCCCGUGAGGACCCUCACGCAGUCGGCCUUCUUCCCGGUCAUCUUCGCCAUCACCACGUACGUGGGCUUCUGCCUGCCCUUCGUGGCGCUGGACGCGCUGUGCCCCUGGGUGCCCGCGUUGCGGCGCUACAAGAUCCACCCGGACUUCUCGCCGUCCGCCCGGCAGCUGCUGCCCUGCCUGCGGCAGACGCUGUACCAACACGCCGCGUUCGUGUUCCCCACCACCCUGCUGUACUGGCUGCGCAGCCCGGCCGCCCUGCCCGAGGAUGCUCCCGGGCUGCUGGAGCUGGUGGGCCACGUCGUGCUCUGUCUGCUGCUCUUCGACGCCGAGUUCUUCGCGUGGCACCUGCUGCACCACAGGGUGCCCUGGCUCUAUCGCACCUUCCACAAGUUGCACCACCAGCACUCGCCCUCCUUCGCCCUGGCCACGCAGUACAUGAGUGUCUGGGAGCUCUUCUCCUUGAGCUUCUUCGACAUGGUCAACCUCAUGCUGCUCCAGUGCCACCCCCUCACCGCGCUGGUGUUCCACGUGGUCAACAUCUGGCUGUCCGUGGAGGACCACUCAGGCUACGACUUCCCCUGGUCCACGCACAGACUGGUGCCUUUCGGGUGGUACGGGGGCGUGGUGCACCACGACCGGCAUCAUUCCCAGUUCACCUGCAACUUCUCGCCCUACUUCACACACUGGGACCGACUCCUGGGGACGCUGCGGUAGGCUCCUCCCACCAAGUGACUGGCACCCCCAGCCCAGCUUGAAUGGGACUGCGGCGGGUGCUCCUCCGACCUAGGACUGCUGUGCAGGUCACACUUGAAUCAAGAGAAACGCACCGGAGCUUUAAGAGGUCUAUUUUUGAAAGCGUAACUUAUUAGCUGAUGGACACUGGUUUCGAUAAAUAUCAGAUGUAUUAUUAUUUUUUGCUAGCUGAUAAAGUAAUUUAUAGACGAUGUGUAUGGAUGCAAAUGUAUUCCUGGUGUGCACUUCUGGCUCACUUCGGUAAUCUUAAUUCCCGGUUGUAGAUUAUCCAGUCCUCGCUGGCAUGUUUACAUCGUCUCUGAAAGGAUUUGCUUGUAGAUCACGGCAUCUCCUUUGUUGGAAGUGUCCCCGAGCAAGGCUACGAGAACGCGAAUCUGCCACAAGGGUUUGGAGCUCGGACUGGGUACACCCUGAACCAUGUUCCUGCUGGAAAUGUGCUGGGUGCACGACUGGAGUGCCUCCCCCUCCCCCUCUCACAGAAAUGUGUAUUUAUA